AUGAAACUUUUAAUUGCCGUAUUGUCAUCAAUCUUGGUUGCUUGCUCAGUUACUACUGCCAAUCCAAUUGAUCCCAGUGAACGUACAAGUACUGAAUCCAGCGCUUCAACAUGUUAUCCCAGUGUGGCUACAACCACUUAUGCUAGCUCUUUGGCAGUUUCUAGCUCACAGGCUACAAAUUUAGUUGAUCCUAGUAAACUUUCAAAUAGUGAUAUGAAUUUGAUCAGAGAAUACGUACAACGAAAAGCAGAUCGUAGCAGCGCAAUGGAAGUAUAUGGUUCGGAUGAAUCUAUAAAUUCCGCUCAAAGAGAAUUGAUAAACCGGCUAGGUGAACAGCUUGCGCUUUUGAAAUAUAAAUUUCCGGAUAGAAAGAGUAAUUCAGAGUGCGAGAAAAAGGUCAAGAAAAUCAAACAAGGUCUUGAAUUUCAAAAGAAAGAAACUUCAAAAACUUCAAAAAAAAAUGCAUAA